CUUACCCACUUGAGAUUCUUUGUCUUUGCCAACUCCGCAACACGAUAAUUGUAUGAUGAUGAUUAUGUACAUGUAGUGUUAGUUAUGCCAAAGCAAAGCCUGGAGCAGUGUAGGUAGGUUAUUUGUACGGCCAAUCUCUCCCACUAUUUCUGCUCUGUUGUUCCAAUUCUCCGGCCUCCCUAUAAAUAUUUCCUACCCCAUCCAUUGUCUUCUCCACUCUGACGAAUUAUCAUUGUAUCAUCAUUAUAAUAUAACAUAAUAUGGUCAAAUCCAACAAGUUCAGAGGUGUCAGGCAACGCCACUGGGGCUCUUGGGUCUCCGAGAUUCGCCACCCCCUCCUGAAGAGGAGAGUUUGGUUGGGGACGUUUGAGACGGCGGAGGAGGCGGCUAGAGCGUACGACGAGGCGGCGGUUCUCAUGAACGGCCGCAACGCCAAGACCAACUUCCCCGUGGCCGCGGACCACAACGGGGGCGGUAAGGAUAAUAACAACGGUUCUAGCUCGGUCUCUUCUUCUUCUUCUUCUUCUUCGUCGUCGUCUUCUCUGGCGGCGAUCCUGAGCGCGAAGCUCAGGAAGUGCUGCAAGUCGCCGUCGCUGACUUGCCUCAGGCUCGACACCGAGAACUCGAACAUCGGAGUCUGGCAGAAGCGCGCCGGCGCGUCCUCUGCCAACUCGAGCUGGGUGAUGACUGUGGAGCUCGGGAAGAAGGCCGCCGACCGCGCUCCGCUGCUGGAGCAAGAAAUCCCGGUGGAGGUGAUUGGCGGCGCCGCCGGGGACCAGAUGGCCGUGAUAAGCGAAGAGGAGAGAAUGGCAUUGCAAAUGAUCGAAGAGCUCCUAAAUUCAAAUUGAUACGUACUAUACAUACAUACAAUCCCGUUGACCACAUAUAUAUAUAUAGUAAUAAAGGUCAAAUUGUUUUAUUAAAAGUUCACAUUAUUA